AUUCUCUGAUCACGCAUAGAUUCUCUCCUCCUCCGCCAUUGUUUCUCAAAAUAGAAAAUCAUUAUUUUAGAAGGAAAUUAAAUUAAAUAUUUAAGUACUGAUUGAAGUUUUUCAAUAGAGUGAGAGUGGCGAAGAAGCUGGAGAGAUAGGGAGCGAGAGUGAUCAAGAAGAAAAUUGCUGUAUGUCAGUGGAUUGUAUAGAGACUUACUUUCCAGGAAUUGGUGGCGAACUUGCGAAUCCAUUACAAUGGCCUCAACUACGAAAAAAACGACGUUUUCUAGCUCUUGCUGUGGUUCCGAUACUAACUCCUCUGCUGCUGCCGUUGUCCGCCGUGAGGCUGCUCCGGCUCCGUCGUCUUCGGCUGUGCUCGUCGCUAAUGCGGUCCAAGAUUGGAGCGAUCGCACUAGCGGGAAAGGUAUUGACAGCGGGAAUGACAAAAAGCUUGCUGCUGUCGCUGUUGCUGCCAAAAACGCUGCCGUUGCGUCCUUGAUUUCCGAUCCUUCUACUAGCCCUGCUACUAAAGCUGGUAUCAUCCCAGUCAUGUUGAGGGCUCAAACCAGCCAUCCUCUGGAUCCUUUGUCUGCUGCUGAAAUCUCUGUGGCGGUGGGAACUGUUCGGGCUGCUGGAGCCACUCCCGAGGUCAGAGAUAGCAUGCGUUUCAUGGAAGUGGUUCUUUUUGAGCCAGAUAAACAGGUUGUUGCACUAGCAGAUGCUUAUUUCUUCCCUCCUUUCCAACCAUCGUUGCUUCCUAGAAUGAAAGGUGGCGCACCUGUAAUUCCUACCAAGUUGCCUGCAAGAAGAGCUAGGCUUGUUGUUUAUAACAAAAGGUCAAACGAGACAAGUGUUUGGAUUGUGGAGCUAUCUGAAGUACAUGCAGUAACUCGAGGUGGACAUCAUAGGGGCAAAGUAAUUACUUCACAAGUUGUGCCAGAUGUUCAGCCUUCUAUGGAUGCUGUUGAAUAUGCCGAAUGUGAAGCUGUUGUUAAAGACUUCCCUCCAUUUAGAGAGGCAAUGAAGAAGAGGGGUAUUGAUGAUAUGGAUCUUGUAAUGGUUGAUGCCUGGUGUGUUGGGUAUCACAGUGCUGCUGAUUCUCCUAGUAAAAGACUUGCGAAACCUCUUAUAUUCUGCAGAACUGAAAGCGACUGCCCUAUGGAAAAUGGUUAUGCACGACCAGUUGAUGGCAUCUAUGUGCUUGUUGAUAUGCAGAACAUGACGGUCAUCGAGUUUGAAGAUCGUAAGCUUGUUCCCUUACCUCCAGCUGAUCCAUUGAGAAACUAUACAGCGGGUGAAACUAGGGGCGGUGUUGAUCGAAGUGACAUAAAGCCCUUACAGAUUGUUCAGCCUGAAGGUCCUAGUUUUCGUGUCAAUGGUCACUUUGUAGAGUGGCAAAAGUGGAAUUUUCGUAUUGGAUUCACUCCCAAAGAGGGUUUGGUUAUACAUUCUGUUGCAUAUGUUGAUGGUAGUAGGGGGCGAAGACCCGUGGCCCACAGGUUAAGCUUUGUAGAGAUGGUUGUACCUUAUGGAGAUCCAAAUGAGCCGCAUUACAGGAAGAAUGCUUUCGAUGCAGGGGAAGAUGGCCUUGGUAAAAAUGCACAUUCACUUAAAAAGGGAUGUGAUUGUUUGGGCUAUAUCAAAUACUUUGAUGCCCACUUCACAAACUUCACAGGAGGCGUUGAAACUAUUGAAAACUGUGUAUGCUUGCAUGAAGAGGAUCAUGGAAUUCUAUGGAAGCAUCAAGACUGGAGAACAGGUUUAGCAGAAGUACGAAGGUCUAGAAGGCUCACAGUGUCUUUUAUAUGUACAGUUGCUAAUUAUGAGUAUGGAUUCUACUGGCACUUUUAUCAGGAUGGGAAAAUUGAAGCUGAAGUUAAACUUACAGGAAUCCUCAGCUUGGGAGCAUUGCAACCAGGAGAGAGUCGAAAAUAUGGCACAAACAUUGCUCCAGGUCUAUAUGCUCCAGUUCAUCAACAUUUUUUUGUUGCUCGAAUGAACAUGGCUGUUGAUUGCAAGCCUGGCGAAGCUUUCAAUCAGGUUGUUGAGCUGGACGUGAAAGUUGAGAAACCUGGGGAGAACAAUGUCCAUAAUAAUGCAUUUUAUGUUGAAGAAACUGUUCUGAAAUCAGAGUUAGAAGCAAUGCGGGCCUGUAAUCCUCUGUCAGCUCGCCACUGGAUUGUUAGGAAUACCAGAACUGUCAAUAGAAUGGGGCAAUUGACAGGGUACAAGCUGGUACCUGGAUCAAAUUGUUUGCCACUAGCUGGUCCUGAGGCCAAAUUCUUAAGAAGAGCUGCCUUUUUAAAGCACAACCUUUGGGUCACACCUUAUGCACGCGAUGAGAUGUUUCCUGGAGGAGAGUUCCCUAACCAAAAUCCACGUGUGGGUGAAGGCCUAUCAACAUGGGUGAAGCAGAAUCGAUCUUUGGAAGAAACUGAUAUAGUUCUUUGGUAUGUAUUUGGAAUCACGCAUGUUCCUCGGUUGGAAGACUGGCCAGUAAUGCCAGUAGAGCGCAUUGGUUUUAUGCUCAUGCCGCAUGGGUUUUUCAACUGCUCUCCUGCUGUGGACGUUCCACCAAGCGUAUGCGAAUUAGAUACCAAAGACACCGAUGUCAAAGAAAAUGGAGUAGCUAAGCCUCUUUCAAACAGUUUGCUGGCAAAGCUCUGAAGCUCAUAAUCUUAAAGCUCAUUUCCACAGUCCGCAUAAAAUCUCUCUAUUUGAUCCAUGACAGAGGAUCAGAUAACGUUCAACUGUUUUUCGUUUGUACACUUUGAACGUCUUUGUUUUUUUUGUUAGUUGAACUUUUACCAGAAUAACUCUCUCUACUGAAUUGGUGCCGUUUAGAUAAUUAAGUUAUUUUGGAUAUUUAUUUGUUGAAUUUAGUUAUUUUUAAUUUCGGUUC